CAAAAAGCCUUUCCCUCGAGUAUCACAUAUACACAAUACAAAGAUUUCGUACAUAUGACAAAUAUGAGCAGAACUUAUUUCAUCCUCUUCGUCUUCGUUUUGAUUUCAGCAACGGAUAAGGGUAAGAUCGUGGGAGCUAUAAGACGCGACAUAAAAGCGCAACAAUGCGUGUCAGGUUUAGGGGAAUGCAAAAGCGAAGAUGAUUGCGCGCUUCAGUGCUCACUGUUGUUUCCCGGUUCUCAUGAAACGUCGUCGUUUUGUGACAGAGAACCUCAUCUCCCUAGAUUAUGCUUGUGCUUUCAUGAUUAUAUUGAUCGAGAAGUUGCUCCGAUUUUCGACCCAGGUACCACCUUAAAGCAGAUGGAAGAAAAAUCGGGGGAAUCUGUUAAUCAAUAUGCUGCUGAUAUAUCUUCAAUAAAAGCAGCACAAGAACGGAUCAGCCCGUAUGUGAAUAAAACUUCAGUCUUAUCUUCCGAAACGCUAAAUUCGAUAUCUGGAAGAAAGCUUUACUUCAAAUGUGAAUGCUUCCAGAAAGGUGGAGCUUUCAAAUUUAGAGGGGCCUGCAAUGCCGUAUUUUCACUUACUGAUGAUGAGGCAGCUAAAGGGGUGGUGACUCAUAGCAGUGGUAACCAUGCUGCGGCACUUUCUUUGGCUGCAAAGCUUAGAGGGAUACCUGCGCAUAUAGUCAUCCCUAAAAAUGCUCCAAAAUGCAAAGUUGAGAAUGUCGUACGUUAUGGUGGUCGGGUUAUAUGGAGUGAGGCCACAGUGCAAUCCAGAGAAGAGAUAGCUGCAAAGGUUUUACGAGAAACGGGUGCUGUUCUUAUUCAUCCAUAUAAUGACCGUCGUAUAAUUAGUGGGCAAGGAACCAUAUCUCUGGAGCUUUUGGAUGAAAUUCCUCAAAUCGACACUAUAAUUGUUCCAAUAAGCGGAGGCGGGUUGAUUUCAGGGGUGGCAUUAGCUGCCAAGUCCAUUAAUCCCACAAUCCGAAUAUUAGCUGCCGAACCAAAGGGAGCAAACGAUGCUGCUCGUUCCAAAGACUCGGGAGCCAUUGUCACAUUACCCGAGACCAAGACCAUAGCCGAUGGUCUUCGAGCUUUUCUUGGAACUCUCACAUGGCCUGUUGUUCGAGAUUUGGUGGACGAAGUCAUUGUUGUCGAGGAUAAUGAGAUAAUUGAAGCUAUGAGAUUGUGUUAUGAGAUUCUGAAAGUUGCAGUCGAGCCAAGUGGGGCCAUUGGGCUUGCGGCUGUUCUAUCUGACAGUUUCAAGAAUAAAGCUGCCUGGAAAGACUGCAACAAUGUGGGCAUAAUUCUUUCAGGUGGCAAUGUGGAUUUGGAUGUGCUUUGGAAGUCCUUACAUAAAUGUGUUUGAACGCCAUGUUUUCUUAACAGGCACUCUUUUCACAAAGUACGUAUUUUUUCUACUUGUGGAACUUUCUGAGAUUUCAAGCUAAAUACUUGAUUUAAUUAAUUUGAACAAUAACCCUUUGUAUUAGUGUCAUACUGGCUGUUUAAACUGUCUAUUAUGUAAAACUUACCAUUUAUACAGCCAAGUUUUUGUUGUUAUUAUUGCUAUUAUUUAAUUGCAAGAUAUAUGCAGUAACAAGACCAGUUCUUUCUUUUGUGUUGCCUAGUAAUGAAAAAUAAUGAAACCAAAGUAGUUUUCCAUGAUACUGCAAUCAAUUUGGAUUCAGUUUGUUUGAUACAAAAAGUACGACACGAGAAUUUCUUGAUAAAAUCAAUGAAUGACAAGAAUGUGCGCAAAAUGGAAGUUAGUAGGAAGUGUACACAUUAAGGAUAUAAGAAGGCUGUUCUAAUUGAGUGUCUUAG